GCCGCCGCCGCCGCUACCGCCUCACACACUCCGGGAGCGGGAGCGCGGCGCGGACGCGAAGCCGCCGGGCUGCUGUGCCCAGAGUCAGCCGGAGCCGGAACCCGAACCGCAGCGCCAGCCCCAGCCGUACGGAGCCGCAGCCCGGGCCGGGGCCGGCAGCGGCUCAUGGACAGCGGGGCAGGCGACCGGUGCUGCCCCGAGGCGGCCCUCCUGAUUGUAGAGCCUGCCAGGAUGGGGUCUCUGAGGCCCAGCCCGGGCCCUGGAGGGCAGCGAUUGCUGCUGCCCCCCUUGCUGCUGGUACUGUUGCUCCUAUUGGCUCCAUCCACAGGCCACGCCACUCGGGUAGUGUACAAAGUACCAGAGGAACAGCCACCCAACACCCUCAUUGGGAGCCUCGCAGCUGACUAUGGCUUUCCAGAUGUGGGCCACCUGUACAAACUAGAGGUAGGUGCCCCAUACCUUCGAGUGGAUGGCAAGACCGGUGAUAUUUUCACCACUGAGACCUCCAUUGACCGUGAGGGGCUCCGCGAAUGCCAGAACCAGCUCCCUGGUGAGCCCUGCAUCCUGGAGUUUGAAGUGUCUAUCACAGACCUCGUGCAGAACGGCAGUCCCCGACUCCUAGAGGGCCAGAUAGAGGUACAGGACAUCAAUGACAACACACCGAACUUCGCCUCACCAGUCAUCACUCUGGCCAUCCCUGAGAAUACCAACAUCGGUUCGCUCUUCCCUAUUCCACUGGCUUCAGACCGUGAUGCUGGCCCCAAUGGCGUGGCAUCCUAUGAGCUUCAGGCCGGGCCUGAGGCCCAGGAGCUGUUUGGUCUGCAGGUAGCCGAGGACCAGGAGGAAAAGCAGCCACAGCUCAUCGUGAUGGGCAACCUGGACCGCGAACGCUGGGAUUCCUACGACCUCACCAUCAAGGUUCAGGAUGGCGGCAGCCCCCCGCGUGCCAGCAGCGCCCUGCUGCGUGUCACUGUGCUUGACACCAAUGACAACGCUCCCAAGUUCGAGCGGCCCUCCUAUGAGGCCGAGCUUUCUGAGAAUAGUCCCAUAGGCCACUCAGUCAUUCAGGUGAAAGCUAAUGAUUCAGAUCAAGGCGCCAAUGCAGAGAUCGACUACACGUUCCACCAAGCACCUGAAGUUGUGAGGCGUCUUCUGCGACUGGACAGAAACACUGGACUCAUCACUGUUCAGGGCCCUGUGGACCGUGAGGAUCUAAGCACCCUGCGCUUCUCUGUGCUUGCCAAGGACCGAGGCGCCAACCCCAAGAGUGCCCGUGCCCAAGUGGUUGUGACUGUGAAGGACAUGAAUGACAAUGCCCCCACCAUUGAAAUCCGAGGCAUAGGACUGGUGACUCAUCAAGAUGGGAUGGCUAACAUCUCAGAGGAUGUGGCAGAAGAGACAGCCGUAGCUCUGGUACAGGUAUCUGACCGAGAUGAGGGAGAGAAUGCAGCUGUCACCUGUGUGGUAGCAGGUGACGUGCCCUUCCAACUUCGCCAAGCCAGUGAGACGGGCAGUGACAGCAAGAAGAAGUACUUCCUGCAGACCACCACCCCGCUUGACUAUGAGAAAGUCAAAGACUACACCAUUGAAAUUGUGGCUGUGGACUCUGGCAACCCCCCUCUCUCUAGCACCAACUCCCUCAAGGUGCAGGUGGUGGACGUCAAUGAUAAUGCACCUGUCUUCACCCAGAGCAUCACUGAGGUCGCCUUUCCAGAAAACAACAAGCCUGGUGAAGUGGUGGCCGAGGUCACUGCCAGUGAUGCCGACUCUGGCUCUAAUGCAGAGCUAGUUUACUCUCUGGAGCCUGAGCCGGCUGCCCAAGGCCUCUUCACCAUCUCCCCAGAGAAUGGAGAAAUCCGGGUGAAGACAUCCCUUGAUCGGGAACAGAGAGACAGCUAUGAGUUGAAAGUAGUGGCAGCUGACCGGGGCAGCCCCAGCCUCCAGGGCACAGCCACCGUCCUUGUCAAUGUGCUGGACUGCAAUGACAAUGACCCCAAAUUUAUGCUGAGCGGCUACAACUUCUCAGUGAUGGAGAACAUGCCAGCACUGAGUCCAGUGGGCAUGGUGACUGUCAUCGAUGGGGACAAGGGGGAGAAUGCCCGGGUGCAACUCUCAGUGGAACAAGACAAUGGUGACUUUGUUAUCCAGAAUGGUACAGGUACUAUCCUGUCCAGCCUAAGCUUUGAUCGAGAACAACAGAGCACCUACACCUUUCAGCUGAAGGCAGUGGAUGGUGGCAUCCCACCUCGCUCAGCUUACGUUGGCGUCACCAUCAACGUGCUAGAUGAGAAUGACAAUGCACCCUUUAUCACUGCUCCCUCCAACACAUCCCACCGGCUGCUGACCCCCCAGACACGUCUUGGUGAGACGGUCAGCCAGGUGACAGCUGAGGACAUUGACUCUGGUGUCAAUGCUGAGCUGACCUACAGCAUCGCUGGUGGCAACCCUUAUGGACUCUUCCAAAUCGGGCCACAUUCAGGUGCCAUCACCCUGGAGAAGGAGAUUGAGAGGCGCCACCACGGACUGCACCGCCUUGUGGUGAAGGUCAGUGACCGUGGCAAGCCCCCACGCUAUGGCACAGCCUUGGUCCACCUGUAUGUCAAUGAGACCCUAGCCAAUCGCACACUGCUGGAGACCCUACUGGGUCACAGCCUGGACACACCGCUGGAUAUUGACAUUGCUGGGGAUCCAGAAUAUGAGCGCUCCAAGCAGCGCGGCAACAUCCUCUUUGGUGUGGUGGCUGGUGUCGUGGCUGUGGCCUUGCUCAUUGCCCUGGCAGUGCUUGUGCGUUACUGCCGGCAGCGGGAGGCCAAAAGUGGCUACCAGGCUGGAAAGAAAGAGACCAAGGACCUGUAUGCCCCCAAGCCCAGUGGCAAAGCCUCCAAGGGAAACAAGAGCAAGGGCAAGAAGAGCAAGUCCCCGAAGCCUGUGAAGCCAGUGGAGGACGAAGACGAGGCUGGACUGCAGAAGUCCCUCAAGUUCAACCUGAUGAGCGAUGCACCUGGGGACAGUCCCCGCAUCCAUCUGCCCCUCAACUACCCACCAGGUAGCCCUGACCUGGGCCGCCACUACCGUUCUAACUCCCCACUGCCUUCUAUCCAGCUGCAGCCCCAGUCACCCUCGGCCUCCAAGAAGCACCAGGUGGUGCAAGACCUGCCGCCUGCAAACACAUUUGUGGGCACCGGGGACACCACGUCCACGGGCUCUGAGCAGUACUCCGACUACAGCUACCGCACCAACCCCCCCAAAUACCCCAGCAAGCAGUUACCUCACCGUCGUGUCACCUUCUCAGCCACCAGCCAGGCUCAGGAGCUGCAGGACCCAUCCCAGCACAGUUACUAUGAUAGUGGCCUGGAGGAAUCUGAGACGCCAUCUAGCAAGUCAUCCUCGGGGCCCCGACUCGGUCCCUUGGCACUGCCUGAGGAUCACUAUGAACGUACCACCCCUGAUGGCAGCAUAGGAGAGAUGGAGCACCCCGAGAAUGACCUCCGCCCUUUGCCUGAUGUUGCCAUGACGGGCACAUGUACCCGAGAGUGCAGUGAGUUUGGCCACUCUGACACAUGCUGGAUGCCUGGCCAGUCAUCUCCCAGCCGCCGGACCAAGAGCAGCGCCCUCAAACUCUCCACCUUCGUGCCUUACCAGGACCGAGGAGGGCAGGAGCCUGCGGGCGCCGGCAGCCCAAGCCCCCCGGAAGACCGGAACACCAAAACGGCCCCCGUGCGCCUCCUGCCCUCCUACAGUGCCUUCUCCCACAGUAGCCAUGAUUCCUGCAAGGACUCGGCCACCUUGGAGGAAAUUCCCCUGACCCAGACCUCGGACUUCCCACCUGCAGCCACACCGGCAUCUGCCCAGACGGCCAAGCGCGAGAUCUACCUGUGAGCCCCCUUCUGGCCGGCCGGCCACUCCUCCCCUAGCCGCCGGCCAGCUCCCAGAUGGGCCCAUUCCAGGGCCCCUACUUUUGACCCCUCCAGCGUGGACUCCAUGGCCAGGACCCCCAGUGCAGGGGAAUACUGACCUCCUGACCACGCUGGCCCUUCCCCCAUGCAGGGUCCAAGUCCUCUCCCCUCAUUUCCAUCCCCCAGCUCCCAGGAGCCCCUUCUUCCCCUUCAUGGGGCUCCUCCCAGCUGAUGCCCAAGAGGGCUCCUCUACAGUGACUGGGCUCCCUUCUCUCAACUUCUAGGGAGUACCUCCUCUCUUCGGGCAGAUGGUGGAGUCAAGGGUGGGCAGCACACUUUUAACUCAUUGUUUCCCACAUGACCAACCAGGGUGGGGAUAGCAUGCCCCAUUUCAGCCCUGAAACAGGGCUGAACUGGGAAGCCCCUCUCCCCGGGAACUUCCAGAGGAAACUCUUGACCACUGGGGCUCCCUGAAGGGCUUUUGUUACCAAAGGUGGGGUGGGGAUCGGGUGGGAGUGGGGUGGAGGCCUUGUCUUCCAGUACUGCUCCUGGGCUGGCCCACCUACCUGCCACAUGUCCAUGCCUGGUCCCAUCUGGGCUCCCUACUUCCCUGCUGGUCAUGCAGUGUCUGUAUAUAAGGACCUUGGAAUGAUGUCCCCAUUUCUGCCUGAUUUGCAACUUUUCUCGUUGAUGUUGUGUUGUCUUGGGGGACCCCUCUGGGGGGCGGACCUGCCCUGUGCCCCUCCUCCCUGCCGCAGUGCCCCCCACCCCAGGCCUCUAUUGUUCCAUGUUGUAAAUACCCCUGGGCCGUGGUGGGAUGGGGGUGCAGGCCAGGGAAACAAC